AUAGCGUUGUUUCUCCCUUUGCUAUACGCAGGAAAUCUCCUUCCAGAAAGGAGAUGAGUCAAGCUCCCGAGCAUGGACAAGUUGGUCCUCAGGGAGAACAGGAGCACAUGAGUGUGCAUACCGAGGCGUCUAGCUUCACACCGCAGCACGAAGUUCCGGAGCCGCAGGUUCCGCAACCGAAUGUCGUACCACAGGCGGUUCUUUAUCUGCAGCCGCAGAUGGCGGCCAACAUGCUCCAGUUCCUCCAGCAGAUGGCCGGGGCGUAUGUACCACCACCGCCACCGCCGCCUCCUGUGGUUAUGGUCACGAUUGAGAAGUUGAAGAAGAACGGAGCCGAGGAGUUCCGUGGCGACCAGAUCGCGGAACCCAUGGUCGCGAAGCGCUGGCUCGAGCGUGUGAGUCGAGUACUCAGAACCUUGCGGGUUCCAGCAGAGCCGAGAGGCGACCUAGCUAUCGCCUUGCUUCAGGAUGCCGCCUACGACUGGUGGAAACGCGCAGGAGCGAACGUCCCGGAGCCGGUGCCGUGGGCGACCUUCGACGAGCUAUUCCGUGAGGAGUAUGUGCCCGAGCACUUCAUGGAGGAGAAGCGUGACGAGUUCAUGAAGUUCAAGCAGGGUGAACUUACGCUGCCAGAGUAUCGCCAGAAGUUCGAUGAGCUGGCCGAGUUUGGCCGGGACUUGGUGCCAAUAAUGGAGAAGAGGUGCAAGCGCUUCAGGGAGGGGUUACGCCCUAAUUUGUCCUCCGGGCUGGUCUCCGCACCGAGGAAUGACAUUAACGACUUGUACAAGCAGGCGUUGGAGUUACAGACGGCCUUACUCAGGAAGGCUGAGUAUGAGCAGUCCCAGACGACGCAUCCUCGACCGCCACCGCCAUCCAGAUCCGGCUCGAGCAGCAAGAGGCCUCCUCACGUACCGAGCAGCUCGCACUCGAGCAAGAAGGUUAGGUCCGCACCAGCCGCGUCGUCAGCACCCACUCAGAAGAGUGGGAAGAGCCAGAGUCAGAGCGGAUAUCGGAACCCGAUCUGCAACCUCUGCGGCCGGAGGCACUCCGGCGAGUGUUGGUUCACUCAGGGCCUAUGCCUUGGGUGUGGACAGGCCGGGCAUUACCGCAGGAACUGCCUGACGAACCCUAGAGAGGCGUUCCCGACAGCGCCCGCAGUCGCAGUCUCAGCUCCAGCAGCCCAGCCCGCACCGAGUCAGAAGUCGGUAGCGGCGUCCAGUCAACCGAAAAGGCCGGCACAGAGCGCUCAGUCCGGGAAGGCUCCAACCCGUACUUAUGCGAUGCAUGGACGCACUGAGCAGCCCGCUCAUGAUGUGAUUAUGGGUAUGUUCACCUUAUUCGAUACAUCCAUAACUGCUUUGAUUGACCCAGGUUCCACAUUGUCAUAUCUGUGUACAUCUAUGCAUGUAUCGUCUAAUAUUCCGAGAGAGAACCUGGAGAAUCCGGUGGUUGUGUCCAAUCCGUUGGGGCACAGUCUAUGUCUCAAAUAUAUCUAUCCUGACUGUCCGCUAGGUGUGCAAGGGAAGAGCUUCCCUGCAAAUCUGAUAGAGCUCCCACAUCGAGAAUUCGAUGUUAUCCUGGGCAUGGAUUGGCUCACAACCAAUCAAGCCGUGGUUGAUUGUGGCGCACAUACAGUACGGCUGAAAGCCGAAGAUGGUAAUGACGUUCUGAUCCGUGGCGAGCUUUUCCCGAAGACUCCCGAAUUUAUCUCAUAUAUGCAAGCUCGUCGCCUCAUACGCAAGAAAUGCGAGGCCUUUCUUUGCACCGUCCGCGACACGCAGCUAGAGGCACCCGGACGAGAGGAAAUCCCUACGAGCGACGACGAUUUCUGCAGGCAGACCUGUGAGCUCGCCUCUCGGGGCGAGAAACCCUACUUCUCUGUCCACCCUUCACACGUGAUCCCUGCGGAUACGGUCACUCUCGACGAGAACCUUACAUAUGAGGAGGAGCCGGUUGAGAUUCUGGCUCGGGAGAUCCGUCAGUUGAGGAACAAAACCAUUCCGUUGGUCAAGGUUCUGUGGAGAAGUCACACCGUUGCGGAGGCGACAUGGGAAACCGAGGAAUCCAUGCGCACCCGUUAUCCCCAUCUUUUCAGUGACCAGACCAUGGCAUACGUUGCAUACCACGCCAAGGGGUCAGGCCCAGUGCGCCUCUUCCGUGGGCCCGUCCAGGAACCUGCGGGAUCCAACGGGUUUUCAUCACGAGGGCUUGUGUACGUACAUGCCGGGCAGAGGGAGCACGAAGAUUUGACCAAAUUCCUCACCCGGUGGAAGGAUGAAGUUGACAAGGUGGAGGAGAUGGACGACAAAACCGCGAUGUCCCUGCUAGUCUCCGGGCUUCAUUCCGGGGAAUUGUAUAAAGAAUUCUGCCAGAGACCUCCCCAGUCAUACCAGGAGGCCUACAACACGGCUUGGGAUUAUGCUGACGCCGAAGCACAGAAUAUCUGGCUCAUGCAAAGCAAAAGAAAAACCAAUGGGUCCGGCCAGAAGGACAACCGGCCGAGCAGAAUAAGAAGAAGGAAGAAAGCCGCCGACAAGGAGCACUUGCAGGUCAUCUAUGGUGGACCGGAAGGUGGAGAUUCUGCUUCUCAAAGAAAGAAGUGGGGAUGGGAACUCUACAUUGGCACUGUUGCCCUAGCUCCCCGAUCAAAGCAAACCAGAAGGGAGCCGAUCACUUUCACAGAUCGGGACCUUCCCGCCACCGGCGAAGAUCACAAUGACCCCUUGGUCAUAACCAUGGAUAUGGGUGGAGUCGAUGUCUCCCGGGUACUCGUUGACACGGGCAGUAGUGUCAAUGUUUUUUACUUAGAGGCAUUUGAGAAACUCAAGCUGUGUCGAACACGGCUUGAGCCUUUGAAGACUCCCCUGUCCGGGUUCACUGGGGACUCUGUUGAAGCUGAGGGAUCAAUCCUCCUAACUUGUGAAUUGGGCACGGGAGACAAGGUGAUCCAAAAGCAGAUGAGGUUCGUGGUAGUGAACAUUAAAUGUGUUCACAACGCCAUCCUAGGCCGGCCUGGAAUAAAUAAAGUCCGUGGAAUCAUCUCCAAGGCCCAUCUCUGCAUGAAGUUGUAUACACCAGGCGAUAUAGGACAAGUCUGGGGAGAUCAAAAGAAGGCCCGGUCUUGUUAUCUUGAAGCUGUGAAAAAGAUGACAAAGGCGUUCGAAAGGGUUACCCUGGUUUCCCAGGAGGAAGACUGGUCGAAGUUGGAACCGGGUGACGAGACCGAGCAGAUUGUUCUCCGGGAAGCAUUUCCAGAGAGAACGGUGAAGAUAGGCCGGGACUUGCCUGGAGGACUUCGAGAGGAAGUCAUCUCAGUCCUCCGGGAGUUCGCUGACAUAUUCACUUGGAGUGUGGUGGAUAUGCCGGGCAUUGACCGGUCCAUUAUCUGCCACCGGUUGGCUGUAAUCGAAGAAGGGUUCAAAAUCUACCAUGCCUUGGUUUUUAACUUCAAGCUCACCAACAACGAGGCGGAGUACGAGGUAUUAGCCGGUGGCCUCAGAUUAGCCCGGGCACUCGGGAUUAAGAGAAUGAAGAUCCGAUCCGAUUCGAGCCUGGUCGUCGGCCAGAUCAAUGGCGAGAUGGAGGUCAAAGAAGAACGUUUGCCCGGUACAGUGACCUGGUCCGAGCACUUCUAAGGGAAUUAGAAGAGUUUCGUCUUACCCGGAUACCCCGGUCAGAAAACACUGACGCUGAUAUGCUUUCAAAAUUAAUGCAAGCUUGCCCGGAGCAUGUCUGAAAGUUGGCCAAAAUCGAGAUAUUGGACCAACCUAGCGCUGACCGGUUUGAAGUCGCAGCCAUUCAGCAGGGUCAGAGCUCAGCUACCGGGGUGAUCGAAGUGGACGAUGAUUGGAGAUACGAUCUCAUGGAGUAUUUAAUGACCGGCCAGAAACCGGACGACGAAGAACGAGCCAGGAAGGUUGUCUU